AUGUCAGGUCAGAUGUACGACGACCAACUGUAUGCAGCCUCGCGACGCCAUUCUCUCGCCACUCCUCCACCUUCGAUGACCCCACGACACAACCGGGGACGCAGUCAGAGUGUCCGCGUGAGCAACGGCACAGUGAGCACAAAUACCAGCAUUUCAAGCGGUCGGGCAUCGGAGGCGACAAAUAUAACUCAACCACCGGCGUAUUCGAAGAAGUUCGUGGUGGUGGGUGAUGGUGGAUGCGGAAAGACAUGUCUUUUGAUCAGUUACUCGCAAGGAUACUUCCCAGAGAAAUAUGUUCCCACCGUUUUCGAAAACUACAUCACGCAAACGAUUCAUCGGGCUUCAGGAAAGACGGUCGAGCUGGCUCUCUGGGAUACUGCUGGUCAGGAAGAGUAUGAUCGUCUGCGUCCGCUCUCCUACCCUGAGACGGAUCUGUUGUUUGUUUGCUUUGCGAUUGACUGCCCUGCGUCUUUGGAGAAUGUAAUGGACAAGUGGUAUCCCGAGGUCUUGCAUUUCUGCCCAACCACACCGAUAAUUCUGGUAGGGUUGAAGUCGGACCUGCGGAAUAAAAGAACGUGCAUUGAGCUCCUUAAGACCCAGGGUCUCACCCCAGUCACACCAGAACAGGGACAGACAGUUGCUCGGAGAAUGAAUGCAUCAUAUGUGGAAUGCAGCAGCAAAGAAAUGCGCGGAGUGGACGGGGUUUUCCAAAUGGCAGUUGACACCGUUGUGAACGCCGAGGAAGGCUGGAACCACAGUCAAAGUUAUACCUCGGGCGGGAAACCCAGCGCAGGACGCAGCGGCCCCAGUGCCGGCCCCAAGAAAGUCAAGAAGCGUACCUGCAAGAUCUUGUAG